GGAGUUUGCGGCUGCUGUUUUGGAGCGCGGUGAGCGCUGUUGAUUCCGGAGAUCGCCGGGAAGAGCGAGGCGCAGAUUUGUCCUGGAGAGCGAUCGGGGCUCUCUCCCCGCCCCCGGCCGCCCCCUUUUUCCCCGAUGGAGACUUUCCACCCCGGCAAGCUGGAGAAGCACCACCACCACCAGCAGCCCGUGGAGUUUUUGCAAGGGGCCAGCAGGUACGGCGCGAAGAGCCACGGCGCCUACGGGAACGCGUUUAACUCUUGGAACGAUUACCUGGGGCUGGCCACUCUGAUCACCAAGGCGGUGAGCCACGAGCAGGGCUUCAGGACCGGGCCCUCUUCGGUGGUGGUGGCAGCCACCGUGCAGCAGGUCCAGGCGGCGGAGGAAGGGGAGGAGGAGGAGGAAGACGAGGAGGAGGAGGAGGAAGAAGAAGUGGGCCCCCCUUAUUUCGAGAACUCGCUGGACCUACCCGACUUCGAUUUGUGCGGCCACCACCACCACCACCACCUGAACCACGGCGAAAGCCUGCUGGAGGAGCGCUUCGCCGACUUCAGCCCGUUCUCUGGCCGCGCCAGCCCGGGCUCGGUGGUGUUUAAUUGCUCCGCGGAUCACCUGGAGCGGGACCGCUCGCCCCACGCGUGGGGGGGCCGCUUGGUAGUAAACAGCCGGCUGCAGGCGCCCCAGAAAAGCGGCUCGAGGCUCCUGAAGCCGGAAUUGCAAGUCUGCGUCUUCUGCCGGAAUAACAAGGAAGCCGUGGCCCUGUACACCACGCACAUCCUCAAGGGACCCGACGGCAGGGUCUUAUGCCCGGUGCUGCGGCGGUACACAUGCCCGCUGUGCGGGGCGAGCGGGGACAACGCGCACACGAUCAAGUACUGCCCCUUGUCCAAAAUGCACGGCAGCGCCCCCAAACAGCCGCUCAAAAGCGCCAGGCAUCUGCUGGGCAAGAAGCUCCGCUAGGGGGCGCUGCGCGGAGCCUGGGGGAGGAUUCUGCGUGGCUGCGGACACAUCGGAUCCCAAAAUUAAAUGUUUCUCUUAAUUAGGGGGAAAGGCGUUUGAGCGCGCGUGCCCUCUUCAGGGGGAGGGGGACGGGACCGUUUUCCUUUGGAGUUUUUCUUUUUUUUAAAAAAAUCUUUAAUCGAAUGAUGUCUCUUUAACAUUUAAUAUAUUUAAACUUGGAGACGGUAGAAUGUACAGAGAAAAAUGUUCUUGAUUUACGUAUCAAAUAAUCAAGUAUAAUUUCUAGUUUGUAUACAGUCGCCAGAGAAUCUGGCCCCUGAAUUUAACUCUAUAAGAAUUACACAAGUUUUAGAAGUCCUGUAUUUGUUUACUGUAAAUCAUAUCUAAUUUUUAAAUUGAAUUGAGUACUCUUCAGUGGAUAUUAAUUCAGUGGAUUUCUUGGAUAUUAAUCCUGGGCAGGAAAGGGAGCACACACCCCCUUGAACAAAAGAACUGCUACAGGAUCCGAAAGAGCCCACUAAGGUGUACAACCGUGCAGCUAACAUAAACAUGACCAAAAUGAAGAUUUUUAGGUGACUUUUUUAAGAAGCAAGGCUGAAGGCAUGCUGAGGGGAAACUCAAUGUAUUGGACUGGUAUUUUGUUUCUAUUGAUGUCUUUACUGUUCGUCUACAAGCAAUAUUGGUUGUAAGAGUUGGAACUGGAGGUUACAGUUUGUUGGGGGAAGGGAUUUCUUAUGGUAUAGGUUCACUUUUAAUCCCCCCCCCCCCGGUGUUUAAGUCCUCCUUGGAGUGCAUCUUUCUCUUUUGGUUCACCAUUCCAAAAAUGAGUUUUCCCAUUGCCCCCACUGCUUUUCUUUAAAUGCUGAUUAUCUCUCUGUAGCCCAGCUGAGGAUCCUUUGUCAAACUGUUAGAUACGCAGUGGAAGUAAAGAUGUUGCAGAGAUCUGACUACAGUCUGUUCUUUCCUCCCCCAGACCUAGCCUCUGCUUCCUUAAAAUGAUAAAAUGUCAAGAGCCCUGGAGGUGAGAGCAACCUCUUCAGACCACAGGCCUUGUUGAGCUGCUCCAGUUUCUUCUGUGAAAGCAAAGAA